AUGCCUGAAUACAUAGGAAAACGGCAGCACGUCGCUAUCAUUGGCGGAGGCGCCGCGGGCAUGGCCUGCGCAGCCACACUGGCGAAACAUCCCGGCAGAUUCAAAGUUACAUUGAUUGAAAAGGAGGCAGUGGUUGGUGGGCAAGCAACCUCAAUUGAUCUCGAUGCCCAGCAACAUGGUGCUUCAUGGAUGAAUAAUGGCGUGCAGGGCGGUUCAGCUAUAUUCAAGCACACAUUCAAUUUCUUCCGGCAAUACGACCAUCCACCACAGGAGGUCCGUCUUCAGGUUUCUUUCGGGAAAGGCAAGGAUCGCUUUUGGACCAACUGCUUCCCAAGUCGACUCAUCAAGCAGUUUGAUUCGGAUAUUAAACGAUUCGGCACUUUUUUAAAAGUUAUAAAAUGGAGUUUACCUGUUCUCGGGAUAGUCCCCAUCUCCGCCAUGCUCAGGAUAUUUUUUUUCAGCAAGGACUUUGGCGACAAGAUGGUCUACCCUCUCAUUGCUUUGUUUCUCGGCACGGGAAACCAGACAGCCUCGGUGCCAUCGGGCAUCGUGGAGCGACUCUUUAACGAUCCGAAUAUGAAGCUGUGGGACUAUGAUUCGGAGACUUUGCUGCCGAACUUGCCCACCAUGUACACAUUUGACAAGCUUCAUGAAUUUUAUUUGGCUUGGCGAAAAGAUCUCACAAGCAAGGGUGUUUCCUUUGUUAUGGAAACCGAAGUACAGGAAACAGUGUCUCGGUCGAAGAAUAAUGUUGUUCUGAGGCUGAGAAGUACUCGCUCGGAAGAGAGCAGAGAGGAGAGCUUUGACAAAGUUGUCUUCUGCUCGCUCGCUGACGAGACUCUUCGGAUUCUAGGCAAGACAGCAACUUGGCGGGAAAAGUUUGUACUAGGAGGAGCAUCGUUUUAUGAUGACAUCACCGUCACGCAUACAGACAGCUCUUAUUUCAACGAGCAUUACGAAACACACUUCAAGCCGGAACUCUGCGCGGAGCCAACAUCCGACGCACAGAGAAAGCAAGUCGAGUUUUCAAAGUCAAAUGGCUCCAGUCCCGAUACCGGAUUUCGACCCAUGUAUUAUACAUAUACUUACGAUAGCGACCCAAAGCUGAUUGAAAUGUCCUUCAACUGCAGCAAUUACCAGCACCAAUUUCGGCAGCCCGAGGCCAGCAGCGAAAACACACCAAAGCCCGUGUACCAAACAAUUUUUCUUAACAAGAAGCGGAAAGAUCUUUGGACUAUCGACAAAAUUGACGAGAGCCAAAUCAUCAAGAAAAAUUGGUGGCAUCAGCUUGGGCACCGAUGGAUUCAUUACCUGAGAGUUGUUCCAAAUAUGAUGUUCAUCCAAGGCAAGAACAGCACCUACUUUGCUGGCUCGUGGACGCUUGUGAAUAUGCACGAAGUAGCCUGCGUCAGUGGCGUUGCCGCGGCCUACCGUAUGGGCGCUGAUUAUGACCAAUUCGACAACUUUGCUACGGAUUUCUUCUCAAAGUACUUGCUUCUGUCACAUGGGCUUGUGUUUUCUCGACAAGAAAAGAAGAGACGCAGUGGACACCAUGAAUCGCAGUAA